GACGCACGUGCUUUUCAAACGCUGCCAUUUUGAAUGGCAACUGCUUCUGAUCAAUGCGACAUAAAAGUCAGUAUUUCAUGUGGUGACAUACGGCCCGUUGUUCAUUUUUAUUGAAGGGCGAUUCAACAACGUUAUGGCUGAUUAUCUGAUAGCUGGCGGUACAGGUUAUGUGCCUCAAGACGGAAUGACUGCCAUGCAAUUAUUUAGUAGUGGCGAAGGUUUAACCUACAAUGACUUCAUAAUUCUUCCAGGCUUUAUUGACUUUUGUGCUGAUGAAGUGGACUUGACUUCUGCUUUGAGUAAAAAGAUUACUUUAAAGACACCACUUGUCAGUUCUCCAAUGGAUACUGUCACAGAAUCAUCCAUGGCAAUAGCAAUGGCCCUGAAUGGUGGAAUUGGGAUAAUCCAUCAUAAUUGUUCGGCAGAGUUUCAAGCAAAUGAAGUCAGGAAAGUCAAGAAGUUUGAGCAGGGUUUUAUCCUGGAUCCAUUAGUUCUUAGUCCUGAAAACUGUGUUGGUGAUGUCCUGGCAGCAAAGGCCAAACAUGGCUUUUCUGGGAUACCCAUAACAGAAAAUGGUCAGAUGGGUGGAGUUUUGGUUGGCAUUGUUACCUCCAGAGACAUUGAUUUUGCUCAUGAACCUGACAUGUCAAGACCCAUCAAGGAGGUGAUGACUCAUCUGGAGGAGCUGGUCGUUGCUAAGGAUGGUGUGACACUUCAGGAAGCCAAUAGCAUCUUACAAAGGAGCAAGAAAGGAAAACUUCCUAUCGUUAAUGAAAAGGGAGAGUUAAUCUCAUUGAUUGCAAGGACAGAUCUCAAGAAGAACAGGAAUUUUCCUCUUGCUUCUAAAGAUGCCAACAAACAGCUGUUAGUUGGUGCAGCUAUUGGUACUCGAGAUGAAGACAAGGAGAGGCUAGAAGCCUUGGUUCAGAGGGGGCUGGAUGUGGUUGUUAUUGAUUCCUCUCAAGGAAACUCCAUCUUCCAGCUGAAUAUGAUCAAAUAUAUAAAGGAAAAGUAUGCAGAUCUCCAAGUAGUUGGUGGUAAUGUUGUGACUGCAGCCCAAGCAAAGAACCUGAUUGAUGCUGGAGUGGAUGGACUGAGAGUUGGUAUGGGUAGUGGCUCUAUAUGUAUUACACAGGAGGUCAUGGCAGUUGGUAGACCACAAGGCACUGCAGUGUUUAAGGUGGCAGAGUACGCCCGCCGGUUUGGAGUCCCUGUGAUUGCAGAUGGUGGUAUCCGAGAUGUGGGGCAUAUUUCAAAGGCUCUUAGUUUGGGAGCUUCAACAGUUAUGAUGGGAUCAUUAUUAGCUGGAACCACAGAAGCUCCAGGAGAAUACUUCUUUGCUGAUGGUGUUAGGCUUAAAAAGUACAGAGGAAUGGGUUCAUUAAGUGCCAUGGAGAAUCAGGGUUUUUUUUAAAGAUAUUUCAGUGAGCGUGACAAGGUGAAAGUUGCUCAAGGAGUGUCUGGCUCUGUAGCAGACAAAGGAUCUAUUCACAGAUUUGCUCCAUACCUUUUUUUUUGAAUUCAACACAGCUGUCAGGACUUGGGAGCAAAGAGUCUUACUCAACUCAGAGCUAUGAUGUACUCUGGUGAGCUCAAAUUUGAAAAGAGAUCAACAUCAGCCCAGAUAGAAGGAGGAGUUCAUGGACUUCAUUCGUUUGAGAAGAGACUCUUUUGAACCACAAGACUUGAAAGCCAAACACACAAAGAUCAUUUAAUGAACCUGUACAACAAUCCUCAAAUAAUGCCAACUAGAGAUAUGUAAAUAGCACAAAGAAGAAAAUUAUUUAAUUAUGUUAAAGUAAGUGAUCAUAGUUCGUUAUCAUGUGCCUGAUGUUUAUUUUGAGAGAAUUAAUUUACAAUAUUUGAUACAUUGAUGUACCCAUCUCUUUUGUUUUGUUUUUGGCUUUUGAAAAGCUCAGUAAAAUACUGCCCAAUUUUCAAAGAAAUCAAAAGUUAUACAAGUAAACAAACCAAUGUGAUCAGGACUCAGACAUAUUUAUAUUUUUUACGAAUAGUGUUAUUCCAUUCUUUGAAAUUCAACAUGACAUUCUACAAGACAACAAAGUGUCUCUAGUUUAUUCCCUGGAGACUUGUGCUAAGGUCUUCUGUUUAAACUAAAUUUUGAAAAUCAAACUAGGUGUAUCAGGUAAGGAAUAGUGGACCAGAAAGACUGGAUUUGGUAAAGUAGAUACCUAUUUUGUUCACUGAUAGUAAACACAGAAGGCUUGGAAUUGUAAAUACUGAAACAUGUAUAUCGGCUCUUAUUGGACAGGCUAUGGUGCUUUUUAGGUUUGAAAAAGUAGUUUUCCAUACCAUAAACUAUCUUAUUGCACCACUGCAGCAGAUUCUUUAACCCCUAACUGCCAGAAGUGAUUAACAUGUAUCCCUAUUUUAUUUAGCAAACAGGUAUUGUGAACACUCAAACAGGUAGAAGUUAUUAUGAUCUCAAACUCAAAACUCCAAACUCUCAUAAAGUUAUGAAGGAGUGUGUAGCUGCAAAAAGGAGGAAUUAGCAAUCAGAUCUUGGGAAUUGAAGGGUUACAAGCUGGUCUUGGCUGGUGUUUUAUCAAUCCUUGUUUUCGUCCUUGAGAGAUUAAUUUUUUUUAACUGCAAUAGUCGCUGAUGCAGUCACCCCUCUCAGUUUGCUACUUGUAUGAUAUAACUACAAUUAGAGUCAAUAGAAUGAAAAUAUACUUUUUCACCAAUCUCAUCAUUGCUCAAGUAAGAAAGAGAGAGAGAGAGAGAGAGAGAGAGAGAGAGAGAGAGAGAGAGAGAGAGAGAGAGAAUCUCUACCCAUUGACAAGAGUUAUUUUUCAUAAAAGCAAAAUCUGAAAUGAUUGGCUGGACCCCCACUCCCUCUCUUAUCCCUCCGCCUAGUUCCCAGGGCUUUGCAACAUUAGCGGUAGAGAGACAUUAUCCUUUACUGGCUCGAAAUGUCUCGUCGUUAUAUUUUCAGCUUGUCUGAUACAUUAUUGAAUUUACUCGUGCUCUGUUAUUGGUUAGGUAACUUGUAGAUUGUUGAUAAAGAAUAGUUAUAAAUUUAUUUCUUGGAUUAUUGAAGCUGUUAGAUCACUGUCGCCGCCAAAUUUAUCAAAUAGUUAAAGGUUUUUAACUUGAAACCUUUAUUUUAUCGUACUUGAUUACCUUAAUAUGCUACUUAAACGUCUUGCGAGCCAAACUAUAUUCUUAAUGAUGUAUACUGAUGUUGCUAAUCACUGUAGAGGAAUAUUUUCUUGUCUUGUCUAACAUUCUUAUUCCACAUGUCUUGUUCCUUGCGAUGGUCAACAGGUGUUAUUUUCGUUUAAAUGAUUAAUAAAACUACGAAAAUUGAUCAAA